AUGUCUGGCCAAAACUUGUCCGAUGGCUUCUUCGCCGCCAUGGAGAACCGCCGCUCUUACUACGGCAUCAAAAAGGAGUGCCCCAUCUCUGACGCCGAGCUUGAGGCGAUCGUUAAGCGAUGCGUCAAGCACUCGCCUACGUCCUUCAACAUGCAAUCUUCGCGGGCGGUGCUGUUGACGGGCAAGCACCACGAGUUGCUUUGGGAGAAGAUCGCUGAGCUUUCGGACAAGAACACCGAGGAUGAGGGCCAGAAGCAGGCCGGCCGCGGCAAGAUCGAAGGUUGCUUCAAGGCCGGCUACGGAACCGUCGUGUUCUUCGAGGACCAGGACGUCGUCAACAACUGGUCCAAGCAGAUGCCCAUGUUUGAGGAGGGCUUCAAGAUCUGGUCCGAGGAUGCCGCCGGUAUUCUCCACUACACCGUCUGGACCGCGCUUUGCGCCAACGGUCUCGGUGCCACCCUCCAGCACUACGCCACCCUCUUCAAGGAGGCUCAGGGCGAGGUCACCUCGGCCUUCCAGCUCCCUUCCAACUGGAAGUGCACCGCCAUGAUGCCGUUCGGUACCCCUGCUGGACCCCCCGGAAACCCCGCCCACCCCAAGGAGUUCCAGGACCUCGACGAGCGCGUCAAGACCUUCCUUGGCUAG